GGAUAGAUAGGAAAUUCAGUAAAAUGUUCAUAACUCUUGAUAGAAGAAGCAGGAACCCAAAUCCUUUUAGGGUAUUUACUAUCUCAAUAUGCUCACUUAAAUGAGAUAUAAAUGAAUCAAAACGGGAGGUUACACCUCGGGAGGUUCCCUCGUUAGAUGUAAUACAGAACAAAUUUUUGAUUGAAAUAAAAAAUUAAAACGAAGAGACAAUCAUCAUAAAAAUUUUUCCUACAAAAUAUUUUUAAUCAUCGAACAAAUAUAAUCAUAAUAUCAAACACAAUAUAUAAUUAGGUAUAAAACGAACAGAUAAACAAAGAUAUAGAGAAUAAAUGAUAAAUUUACAUUCGGCAAUUAAUACAUGAACAUAAAAUUUACUAUCGAUUUGUUUUUUAUCUUAACAAAUUCCUCUAUCAGUCAAUGGAAGUCUGUCGAGUUCAAAAUCUUGGGAUCCAGAUCUGAAAUCAACUUGACAGGUUCUAUUUACAACACUAAUAUUUGUGACGUUCGGUUGGAACAUCUACUGCUUGAAUCGAAUCAACUUGCCAAAGUACUCUCGACUAAUAAGGCAAUGUGUCAACAUUUCACAACAUAAGAGCCAGACCAACAACUUAGAUCCGGUUUGACAGGCAACAAAUCAGACCGAUAGUUCUGAUGAAAAUAUUUCGAGUUUUUUCAAGAUUAAAUAUGAGCAACAUUUUUUUUACUACGCAAAUGUUCUAAAUAAUUUCUCGAUGUUUUUAAUCAAUAUCCCCAAUUGAUUUUCAAUGAAAAUAAUGACAUCUAUCUAAAUGUAUUUAACCAAUUAAAUCUUGUUUUCUCCGCCUCUAAACAACUGCUUAUGUUUAAAAGAAAAAAGAAGAAGCAUAAAUUUUGCUUAUUCACUACUGAGUACAGAAAUAUUUUGUUUUUUAUUUUUCUCAUGAAAUUGAUUUCUUCUGUCAAUAAUAAAUCAAUAGAAAAUUAUACAAAUAAUUUCUAUUUUCUUUAGAUAUGUGUGAAGAAACAACAAAUUAUCUAUGGGCAGUACAAGAUAUACUUGGACAUGGCGCUACGUCACAAGUAUAUAAAGCAUAUAAUAAAUCAACUGGUGAAGUUGUUGCUGCUAAAGUUUAUCAGACUUCAUCAAGUUCACGUUCACCACAUGGAGAUGCAAAAGCAAAUCGUAAUCGAGAUUAUCGUAAUAUAUUAGAUCAUGAAUUAGAUAUUCUUAAAUCAGCUAAUCAUGAAAAUAUUGUUCGAUAUAUUGCAUUAGAACCGGUUAUAUCAGUUGAUGCAUCGGGAUCAAUAAAUAAUCGUGAAGCAUUACUUAUUGAAUAUUGUAAUGGUGGAAGUUUACAUAAUGUACUUGAAUUACCUGAAAAUCAUUAUGGUUUAAUAGAAGAUGAAUUUAUGUUAGUUUUUAAACAUUUAACUAAUUCAUUAAAAUAUUUACAUACAAAAAAUACAAUUCAUCGUGAUAUUAAACCAGAUAAUAUAAUGCUUUCGAUAAAUAUCAAUGGUGAACGUACAUAUAAAUUAGCUGAUUUAGGUGUUGCUAGACUUAUUAAUGAAGGCGAAAAUGCUUUUACAACACUUGUUGGAACUGAAGAAUAUAUUCAUCCAGAAUUAUACCGAGCUGCUGUACAUGAUGAUAAAACAAAUGCUUUACGAACAGCUUUAAAAACUCGUGUUGAUUUUCCAUUUGAAGUUGAUUUGUGGUCACUUGGUGUUACUCUUUAUCAAUGUGCAACUGGUGAACUUCCAUUUCAACCAUUUGCUGGUACACGAAAAGAUCGAAAUGUUAUGAAACGUAUUUUAGAUACAAAACCAUCAGGAUGUGUUGAAAAUAGUCUUGGUGGAGAUAUACAAUGGUCAAAAACUUUACCAGAAUCAUGUCGUUUAUCAAAAGAUCUAAAAAAACAAUUAGAAAUCUUAUUACAACGUUUACUUGAAUCUGAUCGAAAUAAAUUAAUGAGAUUUUCAGAAUUCUUUAAAGAAACUGAUCGUAUAUUUAAUUUAAUGCCAAUUUAUUAUUUAAAUUUAAAACGUUUUAUAUUAACAUGCAGUUAUUUUGAACCAACAGAACCGAUAACUAAAUUAUAUGAUAAAUUACAACAACAAAAUAAUGAUAAAACUCAUGAAGAAUAUUAUUGUCUCUUUCAAAAUGUACCAUAUCCAAUAUCAAAAACUAAACCAAUGUCAAUAAAGGCAUUUUGUGAACAAUUACCAAUUCCAACAUCACAUGAAACUCCACUUGUAUUUUAUACAUUUUCUCCAAUUAAAUCUGAUGAUAAAUAUUGUCCAAUACUUCAUAUACCAAAACUAAAACCAAUUCGACAAUAUAAUGAUGUUGCUGCUGCAUGUGAUUGGAGUAAUGAUACAGUUGGAUUUUUUGUUUAUAUAAAAACUCAAUUAAUUGAAUAUCAAAAUAUAUUAAAAACUGCUCAGUGUUCAACAACAAUAAUGCAACAACAUUUAAAAUCAGAUUUAUUAGAAUUUCUUUGUUCAAUUCGUUCAAAACUUAUUGUUUUUCGCGCAAUUGAAGAAUUAAAAAAUAUAUUUGAUCAAAUUGGUAGUAAUACUAAUAAUCAAUCAACAUUAUCAAAUAAUUUAUCAAUGAAUUCAAAUAAUGGAAAUAAUUCUUCAGGUCGUACACAAUCAGCAAGUGGAGAAGCACCAACUAUUGGUUUUUCACAUUUAUAUAAUCCUAGUUCAUCAUCGAAUGAAAGUAGUUUAUCACCAGGAACAACACAUCGUUCAUCGACUCCAUCUCCUGCCCAACUUAUGAAACAAAGUAUGCGUAUUUAUUUACGUUCAUAUCUUCAAUCAUAUGAACAAUUAAAAAAAUGUGAACAAGAUAUAUUAGAAAUAGUUGAAAGAGAAUUUAAUGGUCAAUUAGGUAUGAUUGAUAAUCAACAACCAUUUGCUAAUACACUUUGGUUAUCAAAUUGUACAAAAACUUAUGCAUCAUGGAUUCAUCAAGCUGAUAUAUAUAUUAAAGGUUUAAAUGAUCUUAAUGAUAGUUUUCGAAAAUUUAACAUAUCAAAAGCGGAACAAAAUGCUGAAAAUCAAUAA